AUACUUAUUGCGGUGCAGAUUAGAGGUGACACUCAUCAUCAUCCUUUCACAUGCUUGGUUUUUUUUUUUUUUAAAUACUAUUUUUCUUGAAACAAAUUUUGAAUUAAUAAUUAAAAAAUUUCAAUUUAAGCAUAUUUGAAUUAAUAAUUAUAAAUGUUUUUGAAUAAUAUAUUUUGUUUUUUUUACAAAUAAUAAUAUAUUUUGUUGUCAAGUAGUAGUAGCUAGUGACUAAAAAAUUUAACUUUGUCACGUCAAUUUAACUCAGUCGGUAAAAUUUCUAGAUAAAUAAAAAUUUGAUCCCUAGAUAUAUGAUUAUACUUGCAUGACCGACACAUAUCAGUAUCACCAUGUGCUACUUAAUAUUCAAUUUUUUAGGACCAUCAUAUGACAUUGACAUUAAUAUUACAUCAUCAUCAUACUCUAAUGUAUGUAUCUUACAUCCAUCACACAUUUAUGAGUGAAUCACUUGUAUCUUGCAAUUGCAACCGAUUUUGGCGCUUCACCAACCAUUUACCAACUGCUACUAAUCAAUCUCAUUCAUUUUUUGUUAUCAUAUCACUUGCAUGCAUCGUUUCUUCUCACUUUUCCGAUCUCAUUACGUCAAUCGCCGAUCAAUUUCUUACCGGAAAUGGCAGCCUUGUGUUGGCCUUCUGAUACAGAGCUAAAUGAAAUGAGAGAGAAAGUUUCUGAAAUGGCGAAUGUGAAUAAAGAGAAAGUUCGAGUUGUAGUAUCACCCUAUCGAAUCUGUCCUUUGGGGGCACACAUUGAUCAUCAGGGUGGGACUGUUUUAGCUAUGACAAUCAAUAAGGGGAUACUUCUGGGGUUUACUCCUUCUGGAAGUGACGAGAUCGUAAUUCGUUCGGGACAGUUUCAGGGAGAAGUUAAGUUCAGAGUUGACGAGAUUCAGCAGGCAAAUAAAACUCCCAAGGCAAAAUAUGAUGAUUCGGCAAAGAAUUCUCCUGAGCGAAAGGAAAAUUGGGGACGUUAUGCUAGAGGAGCCGUAUAUGCAUUACAGAGUAGGGGGCACAAUAUUUCGAAGGGUAUCAUUGGAUACAUACGUGGUUCUGAAGGUCUGGACAGUUCAGGCUUAAGCUCUUCUGCCGCAGUUGGAGUAGCUUACCUCUUGGCUUUGGAACAUGCAAAUAAUUUAGUAAUAUCUCCUACUGAAAAUAUUGAAUAUGAUAGGUUGAUUGAGAAUGAAUACUUGGGACUGAAAAAUGGCAUCAUGGACCAAUCAGCUAUAUUGCUUUCAAGCCAUGGUUGUUUGAUGUGCAUGAAUUGUAAGACAAAAGAAUAUAAGCUUAUUCACCGGCCAAAGGAGCAAGUCUACAAAGAGAGCGGACAACCAAAAGCAGCGAAAAUGUUGCUGGCUCUUUCUGGGUUGAAGCAAGCUUUGACUAGCAACCCUGGAUAUAAUAUGCGAGUUGCAGAGUGUAAAGAGGCUGCACGAAUUCUUCUUGAAGCAUCAGGAGCUAAUGAAUCAACUCACAUUCUAUCAAAUGUUGCACCAGAAGUUUACGAGGCUCACAAGUGCAAAUUAGAACCCAAUCUGGCCAAAAGAGCAGAGCAUUAUUUCUCAGAGAAUAUGCGUGUUAUGAAAGGAGUUGAGGCUUGGGAAACGGGAAGUUUAAAAGAUUUUGGAAUUCUCAUUUCUGCUUCUGGUCGGAGUUCCAUUCAAAAUUAUGAAUGUGGUUCUGAACCACUGAUUCAACUGUAUGAGAUCCUACUGAAGGCUCCUGGUGUAAUGGGAGCACGUUUCAGUGGUGCUGGGUUUAGAGGAUGCUGUAUUGCACUUGUGGAGGAGCACCUUGCUACUGAAGCUGCAUCAUUUGUCAAAGCAGAAUAUCUCAAAGCCCAACCUGAGUUAGCUAGUCAGAUAACCAGAGAUACUGCAGUUUUAGUAUGUGAUUCUGGUGAUUGUGCACGUGUAAUUUAAGAGAACAUUUUUACAUGUGUAAUUUGAGCAGCAUUUUUAUUGUCACAUUUUGUCAAUAGCAGCUGUUAAUCUCAUUGUAGUUAAUCAAAUCUUCUGCAUUCUUUUCA